AUGAAGACUGCACAUAUUUACGGGAGAGAUCAGCCGCUGAAUGGACAUAGUCGAAGCGAUCCAUUAAUACACUUCUGCAGUGUACUUGUAAAAGACAACAUGUUUAUCAUUGGCGGACAUCUGAUUCGUGAAAUAAGAAGCGGGGAACAAGAAAUGAGAAGGCAUAGCAUUCGAGAUGUUGCUCCUCAUCUUCGAAGACAUUCGUGUUCGCCAGUUGCAAAUGAUUUCAUUAUAGACAGGGUUGAAAUUAUUUUUUGUUGGUAUUUUUAG